AUGAUAAAGCCACAACUACAAUGCUACUACUCUUUCAGAGAAGAGUUAACUCUUUACAAUGGCGUAGUAUUCAAAGGUGAACGUAUCGUGAUACCGGCAGCACUACGCAACACAAUGAUCUCCAAACUUCACGCUAGUCACCUUGGAAUUCAAGGAUCACUAAGAAGAGCACGUGAAGCUUUCUACUGGCCUAAUAUGAAUGAGCAGAUCACUGAGUUUAUGUCCAAAUGUGAUGUAUGUAACAGUUACAAGACACAGCAAAGAAAGGAACCAAUGGUAAGCCACAACAGACCCACUAGAGCAUGGGAAAGUAUUGCUUCCGACCUCUUUGUAUUCCAUGGUAAGGAUUACCUAGUAACAACUGAUAGAUAUUCCAACUUCUUUGAAGUGGAUAGACUGUAUUCAAAGACAAGCACAGAAGUGAUAACCAAACUGAAAGCACAUAUCGCAAGAUAUGGUAUUCCCAACGAGCUCAUGACAGACAACGGUCCAAACUUCACGAGCAGAGAAUUCAAACAAUUUACUGAUAUCUACAACAUCGAGCAUGUCACAAGCUCACCAACAUAUGCCCAAUCCAAUGGCAAAGCUGAGAAUAGUGUGAAAACAGCCAAGAAUAUCAUGCAGAAAGCACUAGAUGCCCAGGCUGAUCCAUACUUGGCAUUGUUAGAUUUCAGGAAUACACCGACAGAAGGUUAUUCAACCUCACCAGCACAGAGAAUGUUAAACCGACGAACACGAACACUGUUGCCAAUCUCAAACAAGUUGCUGCAACCAGAGAUACCCACAGGAGUACAACAGUCACUGAAAGUCAAUCAAGCCAAACAGGCAUUCUACUAUGACAAAACUGCGAAAGAACUGAAACCUCUUAAAGAAGGUGAUGUUGUAAGAGUAAAACCCAAAGAGUCAGAUAAGAAAUUUGUCAAAGCAAAGGUUGAGAAACAAGUGGAUAUCAGAUCGUAUCAGAUCAAGACGGAGGACGGACGAGUAUUCCGACGUAAUAGAAAGGAUCUCCACAAGACCCCAGAGAACUACAACCCCAGUAUUCUACCAGAUUUGCCUCGAAAUCAGCAACCUCAACCAAAAGUUAUAUCUACGAAAGCAGUCCCAGUAUCUGCUGACAGAAACAAGCAACAAGCCCCAAUGAUUACUCCUACAGCCACUGAGGAAUCCAUCAAGACGAGAAGUGGUCGAGUUGUUCGCAAGCCUACAUACCUAAGUGACUUUGUUACACAAUGA